AUGGGGGAGAUUGUUUUGGGAAUUCUUGGUCCAGUAAUGCAACUUGGAGAGUGGAUGUGGACUCCUGUGAAGCGUGGGAUGAGUUACAUGGUUCAUUACAAGAGAAACUUGCAGUCUCUUGGCCUUCAAGUUCAGAAGCUUGAGGUGAUGCAGAAUUAUCAUAAAGAAUCUGUGGACACUGCUGAAAUGAGUGGAGACAGAAUCAAGCCUGAGGUUCAAGAAUGGCUAAUAGAAGCUGAUAAUACCAUGACACAUGUGAGGCAACUGAAUGGUGAAGCUGAGGUAGGUGAAAAGCGCUUUGUAGGAUGGUGUCCGGAUUUGAAAUGGCGCUACAAUUUGGGGAAGAAAGCAUGGAAUCUGAGAGCUACAGUUAACAAGCUGGUAGAAGAGGCAAAAUUUGAGAGUGUUGCACUUGGAGUUCGUCGAGUGCCUGAAGUUCAGAACUUAAUCUUUACUGAAGGAUUUGAACCAUUUGAAGCAACUAGACAAGCCAUGGAUAGAGUUAUGGACGUGCUGAAGAAAGAAGAGAUCACAGUCAUUGGGGUCUACGGCAUGGGUGGCAUAGGAAAAACCACUUUGGUGAAACAAGUUGGUGCACAAGUGUGUAGAGAUGGGUUCUUUGAUAGUAUGAUUAUGGCUGUUUUCACUCAGAACCCGGUGGUGAUGCAAAUUCAAGACCAACUUGCAAAUAUGCUGACCUUGAAGUUGCCUGAAACAACAGAAAUACUAAGAGCUGCUAGAUUGAGGGAGAGGAUGUUGAGAGGAAAGAAAAUCCUUGUAAUCUUGGACGAUAUUUGGAGGACAAUAGAUUUGUCUAGCAUAGGAAUUCCUGGCUUUGACGAGCUUGGAAGAUGUGAUUCCAAAGUUAUCCUUACCACAAGGAUAUUCAACGUGUGUCAUGCCAUGGGGAGUCAAGUGAAGAUCCCACUCAACCUAUUAUCAGAAGAUGAUUCGUGGAACUUGUUUGUGAAGAAUGCCAGAAAGUCUUUUGAGUCAACCAAUCUCUGUAAGGUAGCAAAGCAAGUAGCUAAUGAGUGUGGUGGCCUCCCAGUUGCAUUGAUCACAGUUGCAAAGGCACUUGGAGAUAAAGACCAGUUGGAAGAAUGGCAAGAAGCGGCGCGACGGCUAAAGAUCUCCCAGCCUGCUAGUUUUGAUGAUGACGAACAAGACUAUGAUAUCCCAAUAAAGGACUUGAUCAAGUAUGGACUUGGGAAAGGGUUAUUUAGGGAUGCUGCCACAUUGGAAGAAGCCAGAAGCAGAGCGCAUUCGGUGAUCAAUUAUCUUAAGUCUUCCAACUUGCUUUUGGAAGGUAAAACUCACCCCUUCAUAUUUGCAAGGAAAAAGUACGUAAGGAUGCAUGAUGUUAUUCGGGAUAUGGCCAUGUUAAUUGCAGCAUCUGAAUAUGGUGAUGGAUUUUUGGUCAAAGCUGGGACUGAAUUAACCGUCUGGCCAAGUAAUGCAUAUGAAGGCCACUCUGCAAUCUCUUUGAUGAAGAACGAUAUUCGGAAGCUUCCUCAAGAGUUGGUAUGUCCAAAGCUCCAGAAUUUAUUACUGCAACAUAAUCAAAAUAUAUGUGAGAUCCCAGAAACAUUUUUUGAAAGCUUGAAUGAGUUAAAGGUCUUAGAUUUCAGUGCCACUAGUAUAUCGACUUUACCCCACUCUUUGAGUCUGCUAACCAACCUUCAGGCAUUGUAUUUUGAUCAUUGCCGUCCAAUAAGAAAUGUUUCUCUGUUAGGAGAACUGAAGAAACUUGAAAUUCUUAGCCUGAGUGGAUCAUGCCAUGAGGAAUUACCUAAGGAAAUAGGAAAUUUGGCUAAGCUCAGAAUGCUUGAUAUUACUUUGAGUACAUCCGUGAUGAGAAUUCCAUCCAAUUUGAUAUCAAGGUUGUCUAGGUUAGAAGAACUAUACAUGCGAUAUAGUUUUAAGGAGUGGGGGAGUAAAGUUGAGGGAGAAGGAGAAGAAACCAAUGUUAGAUUUGAUGAGUUGGUUGGCCUGUCACACUUGAACAUUUUGGAGGUUGACAUAAUCGAUGCAGAGUGCUUGCCUGCGAAUGUGAGCUGCAUUCCCAGUUGGGAAAAGUUUUACAUAAGUAUCGCAGGCAAGAAAUAUCGUCCCCCGCUUAGCUAUGUUUUGGGUUCUCUUUUAGCGAAUCAUAGUAAGGUAAAUUCAAGAGGGUUGGAGCUUACCAGAACCAUAAACAGCUUCCCAGUUGGUUUAAUAGUGCUGUUACCCAAAGAGCGCAGCAACUUUGGUACACAGAGUGCGAGGACUUGA